AUGACACGCGGGGGGGCGAGGAGGGCAGGCCGGCAGGCCGUCACGCACCGCCUCUGCGAUCUGCUGCUUGCGCUCAGCGCACGCUGGCCCCUGCACCCGGCGCUGAGCUUGCGGGAGAUACUCACCGCCACCGGCGCCCUCAUCACCAGGGUCAAGUCCGCACGGCCAGAUGAUCCCAGGCCCGAUGGAAAGUGCGCCAGCCAGAGCGGCGAUUGCCGCCGCUACCCGUACGAGCGCUGCAUCGGCGCCGACGAGCAGAAGCAGGGGAUGAUGCAGUCGGUGGACUCGCUGGCCCUCGCUUUCAGCAACAGUGUGACCGAGUUUCUGAUGGGCGACUCUGAGGGCGCGUGGUCAUCGCUACGGCAACAGCAGCACAGCCGGUCGCUGGAAAACCUGAGCGGGGAGAAGGAGGAGUGCAGGGGAGCGGAGGGGAGGGACGAUAAGGAAGAUCCGGCCUUCGGGUUGGACUCGGAGGACCUGGACGAGCGGUUGCACUCGUGCGACGGGGGUAUCGACGCGGCGCUGGCCUACGCCAAGGCCCUGUCCAAGUACAUCAGCGGCCUCGCCGCGUACGUUGAGCGGAGACUCGCAGUCGACAUCGACUACUCCAAGGACCUGAUGAAGCUGGCGCAGUGUCCGAUGCCGGCCUUCACCCACGAGCCACCUAUGCCCCUGCAGGGUGUCUACGCGUCCCUCAUGGAGCAGGACUGGGAGACGGCGCACGCCGCCGCCCACACGGCCGCCCAGCUGCAGGCCGACAAGUGCGUGCUGCCUCUGCGGAGCUGGCGCGAGGAACACGAGCGCAAACGGAAGGAGCUCAAGGAGCUGUGGCAGAAGGGACAGCGCCGGCUGGCCGAGGCAGAGUGCAGCCUCAAGAAAGCCCGACAGCUGUACUCUCAGCGGCGCGAGGAGCUGGAGCGCGCCCGAGGUUCGGCGGCACGCGCCGAGGAGGGGCUGGCGGCGGUGACGGCGGCGUCGUCCCCGGCCGAGGGCGGCGCCGGCGCCGGCACCGUCCACGCCGGAUCGUCGCGCACCCUGGAGCGCAAGCGCAAGACGGAGGACGAGGCGCUGAGGAAGGCGGACGAGGCGGACGCCGUGUACCGCGCCAGCGCCAAGGAACUGCGCCUGCGCCGCCAGGAGGUGCAGGCCGUGAAGACGGUGGUGCUGACGCAGGUGCGGGAGCUGGCGCGCCGGGCCGACCUGGCGCUCAAGACGGUGACGGCCGCCUACUUUGAGCUGCUGGGCACCCAGGCAGCGGCGCUGCCCGCCCGCUACCGGGCCCUGCACGAGGGCACCGACGCCUACGUGGCUGGCGCGCAGUACGCGGCGUUCGCACGCCGCCUCGCCGAACGGGCGCAGUCGCCCCCCGCCACCACGCGGGAGCGUAAGCUGGGCCGUGAGGACUCUGGCAGCUCGGAGCAGUGCUCCGUCGCUUCUCCUCCUCCCCGUGGCGACUCCAAGGGCUCGCUCAAGCUCAACGGCAAGGGCGAGGCGUCACGUGGCAGGAGUUGGCUGGUGGGCGGGGUGAGUGACACGGACAGCGGCAGCGGCAGCAGCGAGUCGCGCUCACUCGACUCACCCUCCGCCAGCCCCGGUGACUUCAUGCGCAAGCUGCCCCGUACCCCGUCCACAGGCACCAUGUCCUCCGUGGACGAUCUCGACGACACCGACCCGUGCAGCCCUGCCGACGGGGACGGGCCGGCGGUGGGGGCCGCGUCGUCCGGAGUGGGGGGCCCCGAGGGGCCAUGCUCCUCCCCCCCCUCCUCCUCCUCCUCCUCGUCGUCCUUCACCAAGGCGGUGCUGUCGGAGGCGGCGCGCUCCCACCGGUUGCGCAAGCUGCGAGCGCCGUCGCGUUGCCGCGCCUGCGACACGUUCAUCUACUUUCAGGGCGCCGAGUGCCAGGAGUGCCUGCUGGCGUGCCACAAGAAGUGCCUCGAGUCCCUGGCGGUGCGCUGCUGCUCGCGCGAGCGCCGCACCGCUCCGCCCUCCCCGCUGACGUCACCGUCGCCGGCGUCACCGGCGUCACCGUCGGCGUCGGCGGCAGCGUCACCGGCGCCGCACGGCGGUGACGUCGCGAGCGGCGUGCCGGAGCCGGUUCGGCUGUGCGUGAGCGAGAUCGAGCGGCGAGCCAUGACGCUCAAGGGGAUCUACCGAGUGAACGGGGUGAAGUCUCGAGUGGAGCGCCUCUGCCAGGCGAUGGAGGGGGCGCGCCCCGGGGCGCCGCCCGACCUCCAGCAGGCUUCUCCGCACGAUGUGAGCAACGUGCUCAAGCUGUACCUGCGCCAGCUGCCGGAGCCCAUCAUCCCGGGCGAGCUGUACCACCGCUUCAUCCGGCUGGCGCGGGACGGGCCCGCCUCGCCGGGGCCGCUGGCGCCCGACGGCUCCUUGGGCCGCGACUCUCCACCUCCUCCUCCGUCACCGCUCUCGGCGUCACCGCCGGCGCUGUCGUCAGAGAGCGGCGGUGGCAGCGGCGGUAACGGCGGCGGCAUCGCAGGGCAGCUGAAAGCGCUGCUGGCGCGCUUACCGGAGCCUAACCGCUCCACCCUGGAAUACAUCAUUGCCCACCUGCACCGGGUGUCCCGCUGUGAGAAAGAGAACAAGAUGUCGGCCGGGAACCUGGGCAUCGUAUUUGGGCCGACGCUGAUGAGGUCGCGACCCCCCCUCGCGAUGGCGUCGCCGCCCUCGUGGGGGGGGGCUCCCUGCAGCGGCCCCCUCUCCUCACUGGCCGACUACCCGAGCCAGGCGCGCGUCGUGCAGCUGCUCAUCUCUCACUGGCCCUCGCUAGCGCCCUCACCGGCGCCUUCGCCGGCGCCCGGCGCGGACGCCAAGGACGCCAACGACGCCAACGACGCCAACACCGCCGCCGCCGAGGUGCAGGGCGAGAGUGCGACGUCAACGACGCCGCCGGCGCCGGACGUGGCACCGGCGUGCCACCUCGAUGCCGCGUCUCCCGCCGCCGCCGGCGCCUCCACGUCCACCUCCCCCUCCUCUGCGAGCAGCGCCGGAUCUCCGGACACGUUUCCCCGUCGUGGCGGCGGCUCCGUGGAGGAGCCCGCGCCGGCGCCGCUUGCCGUGGCCGUGCAGCCGGCGCUCCGGCAAACCCCGGCGGCGGCGGCGCCGUCGUCGAGGCCGGGCGCCGGUGUUGGCGGUGGCUGCUUGGUGGUGGUGCGGCGCGAGGUGGGCGGCAACGGCGCCGGCGGCGGUGACGGCGGUACGGAGGAGCCGUUCACCCCGGUGCGGGUGGUGCAGGUGAAGCUGUCGCGGAUCAACCUGGCGGACGCCCGGCACAACCGCGCCGGCGUCGCCGGUGCCCCGCCGGCGGAACGACGCGCCGCCAGUGUCGCCGCGGCAACGCUAGAGGAGCCGUGCGCUCGCCGGGACGCCGCCGCUGCCGGUGACGCCGCCGCGUCCCCGGUGCCCUCCGGCACCUUCCGCUCCACGCUGGUGCGGUGCCCGCCCACCGCCGAUUCGACGUCGGUGCCGAGGGGACGGCCGUGCGAGCUCACCGUGAGCCGGCCGUGCGGCGGCGGCGGUGGUGGCACAGCGCCGGUGGUGGCUGCCGGUGCCGGUGAACCGGCACGGGAGCCGGCGGGGGGGCGCAGGCCAAGGGGGGGGGCGGCACGUGCGGUGCCCCCCGGCCUCCGCUCGACCGGCGCGCCACGCGACUUCGACGUGGAUGGUCGCGCCGACUUUGUGUGACGCGGCGCUGGUUCGGGCUGAACCGGCGAUGAAUCCCGGCGCGCCCGUCUUGACGCAGCAGCAGCAGCAGCAGCAGUAUUAUUGUUGUUACGAUGUACGCGCGCGCGCGUGUACAUGUGGUGGACUUCUUUCGCACCGGAUGUAGCCGACCGUGCUAAUCGGAGGUGCGGGAGAAGGAUGGUGGCGGUGAUGGUGGCGGUGGUGGUGGCGGCGGUGGUUUUAAAUGUCAAGCGGGCCUCGCCCCCCCAACCCGGCCUAGCCCCCCCCCCAACCCAUAACCCUUCUCUGCGUAACGAUCGCCUUGCAAGGCACAGGGCCAGCUGCCAUUGGGGGUGCCCCUAGGCUAGACCGCACGGCAUCAGCAGCAGCACCAUCUCCCCCCGCCCCACCUACUGAAGGACCACCGCCGUGACUACGUAUGGGUUCGGUGGCUUCGUUGGAGUCUCCUUUGCUUGGAUGUUGGAUAUUGCCGGCGGGGGGGGGGGGAGGGAGGUCGGGAUUUAGAUUUAUUUUUGUCUUUUUGUAUUUGCAACGGAAAAAGUUUUUUCGACGCCGUUCGCCGGUUUGUGCACUAACGGGGGAAAUCGUCGUGGGCUCCGGCAGAGUCAAGCGGCCGAUGUGGACUAUUUAAGGCGGGAUGUUCCAUCGGCAAAACGGUAAAAAAAAUUUUUUUUUUAAAGUCACUUGGUUUUUUAAAAUAAUGUUUAAAACGUUCGCUUCAAAUUUUUUUUAAAAAUCAUGUUUUAAAAAUAUAACGUAUGUAUUAUAUUUUAUAGAAUGUUUAAAAAAAUAGCGUUUCCGUAAACAUGAUUUUUUUACAUGAAAAAUCAUGUUUAAAAAAGGUGAUUUUUUUAAAAUAUCAGUUUUGAAGUACAUUUUUUUUACACGUGACUUUUAAAAAUCAUGAUUUUUAAAAUAAUUUGUAAUUAUGGUAUUUUUUUAAACAUUUUUUUUUUAAAUAAUGCCUUUAAAUCAUGGUAUUAAAAAAAAUGUAUCAUGAUUUUUAGUCAUGAAUUUUUUAUAUCAAAAUAUAAAAAAAAUUACAUGAUUAAAAAAAAUGUCUUUUCUAAUUCAUUACUUUUUUUAAAGUCACAAUAUAUUAUUUUAAAAACAUGAUUUUCUCAAGACAUUUUCGUAUUUUUUUUGGUUAAAACAUUUUUUUUAUUACUAGAGCGUUUUAAAUAUUCUAAAACGUUCGCGAUGAGAGGGGGGGGGGGGUAAACGUGCCGUCGAUGACGCCUCCUUGUGACGAGGACGUCUUUCUGUGACGCACAUUUCGGGAAGCGUUCGGGUUGGUGGGGGGCGGGAAAACGCGUCGGCACUGCAGCACAGUGAAGGGCGCGGAGUGGCACUCACGUGGGGAUCCUGGGAGGAGGAGUGGGAGGAGGAGAGUGGGAUGAGUAGUGGGAGUA